AAAUCAAUCAAAUCCCCCCCCCCCCCACUUGUGUUUUGCAGUGUUGACCAUGGAGGCCAAAUUGAGCGAGAAAGUGUAUUGUUCAAAUUAUUUGGUAAUAAAUUCUAAGGAAGCCUCAUGGUCUGAUACUGUUAAAGUCUUAUUUUCUAGUAAUUUAAGGAAGAGAAAAUUUAUCCACUCCUCUUUUGAGAGACAGGAAAGUGUCUUCUAUAGAUUUCUUAUAGUCAUCUCUGUGCUCUUACAAAAGCUUCUGCUUAAGAUAGCUUUCCCAGUGAAGAUCAUGGGGAGUAUCAUAGUGUAUUCACUCAACUUUCUCUAUGCUAAUGGUGGCUUCUUUGGUCUCAUAAGAAAUAUCUUGCACGUGAAGAUUGUGAUUCCAGACUAUAAGGCCGCAACAUUUAUGUCUUUUAUCGGAUUUAUAGACAUGAGAACCAAGUUAGAUAGUGAUAUUAAAUAUGGGAAUCCCAUGUAUUAUCCAGCAGUUUCCAUCAUGGCCUGUAAGGCGGUUUACAAUAAUGCUGCUUACAAUAAGGCUUUAAUCGAAGGUCAAUGGGAGAUGGAGUUUUUGGGAUUUAAUGAUUAUUGGAAUGAUUUCCUUGGACAAGCUGACACACAAGUUGUCAUGUUUAGAGAUAAAAGUGUUGAACACGACACCAUUUUUGUGUGCUUCAGAGGGACACAACCGUUUAAUUUAAAUGAUUGGUGCUCCGACAUUGAUCUGUCAUGGUACGAGUUCCCCAACAUCGGAAAGAUUCACUGCGGUUUCUUGAAAGCCUUGGGGAUGCAAAAUAUUGUAGGAUGGGCGCAAGAAGUGGAGUUGGAAUCAACCCACCGUCCACGCCGAGCAGCCUUGGCUUACUACGACAUAAGGGAUAAGUUGAGAGUUCUUUUGAAAAAGAACCCCAAAGCCAAAUUUGUAGUGACGGGACAUAGUUUAGGCGGUGCAUUGGCCGCGAUUUUCCCGGCGAUUUUGUUUUACCACGACGACCAAUUGUUGCUUGAGAGAUUGGAAGCGGUUUACACGUUCGGACAACCCAGAGUUGGGGACGAAGCCUUUGGGAAUUACAUGGAGAAGAAUCUGAAAAAGCAUGGGAUUCAAUUUUACAGAUAUGUUUACUGUCAUGACAUGGUUCCUAGGGUCCCUUUUGAUGGCAUCUUCAAGCACUUCGGUACCUGCGUUUACUACGACAGCAAAUAUCAAGCGUCGAUAGUUGAGGAAGAAGUACCAUACAAGAACUACCUGUCGAUUCGGGGCUGUUUUACCAUGCGAAAGAACGCCAUUUAUGAGCUGAUAAGAAGCUUCAGAAUGUGGACCAAGUAUGGAGAAGAUUACAAAGAAGGUUGGGUGCUGUUUUUCCUUAGAAUUUUCGGACUGCUGGUUCCUGGUUUGCCACCUCAUUGCUCCCAAGAUUACGUCAACGCCACUCGUCUUGGAUCCCACCACCAUCUUCUUUCCCUUCCUUUCCACCAUAACUAGUGCUGCUCAUGAACCACAGUUGCAAUCGGCAUGUCUUUCGCAGAGUUGGACACAGAUAACUAAAUCAAUAUUGUUUCAGCCCUGUUUAAGUCUUCAUGUGUUUUUUUGUUUUAAUUUGACCGUAUGUGAUUCACUUUGUAGAUUAUCAUUAUUAAUAUUCUUAUCUAUUUAUCUCAAUAAAUGAUGAUCUAAUUGCAGUUUAAAAA